AUGCCUCUGGAAUCAAGCAAGCCUGACUACUUUUCUGGUGAAGGAGAUAAGCAUAGAGUCCUAGACAAAGAAAUCAAAGACAUGAUAUCCGCCAUAACUCGCUGCGGUAUUCAUGAACCAGGAUCAAACUGCAGUGGAGAUGACGAUGGCGAUGAGCAUGGUGUGAGAAUUAUAACACUUGCAGGAAGCAAUGCCGGGGCCACAAUGCGAAGUGAGUUGGAUGAGAAAUCCAGAAUCCCACAUGGGAUUUCACUUGGCGAGCCUGACACAUUGAAUACCUACGUGAACAACAAUUUCCAAGCUGUUAACAACUCAAUCAUGUUCGGCAGCAGCUACAACACCAAUGACCCUGGUGUCCAUUUGGACAUCUCGGAUGUUUCCGAACAUGAAGGCAAGAAGUCUGCAGAUAAGCAAAGGAGAGGAAAGAAAAUAGAGAAGGAUUCGGCCAAAAUAGAACAUUCCGAUUAA